UGCCCCCCGCCCCGGCCGCCGCCGCCCGGGCGCCCCGCGGAGCCCCGCGCUGGGGCAGCCCCGCCGCGCCCGUCUAUGGGGCGGCGCUGAGCGGCGGCGCGGCGGGAGGGCGCCGGGGGCAGCAUGAAGUCCCUGCUCUUCAGCCGCUUCCUCCUGCUGCUGCCCUGGGUGCUCAUCGUCAUCAUCGUGCUGGACAUCGACAGCAGCCGGGCGCCGCUGCCCGCGCUGUCCCCCCGCGGCGGGGCCGAGGGCGGUAGCGGCGGGGCGCGGCCUCCCACCCCGCGGCGGCGGCCCGAGGCCGCGCUGCCCACCAUCUAUGCCAUCACGCCCACCUACAGCCGCCCGGUGCAGAAGGCCGAGCUCACCCGCCUGGCCAACACCUUCCGGCAGGUGUCGCGGCUCCACUGGAUCCUGGUGGAGGACGCGGCGGCGCGCAGCGAGCUGGUGACCCGCUUCGUGGCCGGCGCCGGGCUGCCCUGCACGCACCUGCACGUCCCCACGCCGCGCCGCUACAAGCGCCCGGGGCUGCCCCGCGCCACCGAGCAGCGCAACGCCGGCCUGGCCUGGCUGCGGCAGCGGCACCAGCACCUGCCGCCCCCGCAGCCCGGGGUGCUCUUCUUCGCCGACGACGACAACACCUACAGCCUGGAGCUGUUCCAGGAGAUGCGGACGACGCGCAAGGUGUCCGUGUGGCCCGUGGGGCUGGUGGGCGGCCGGCGCUACGAGCGCCCCGUGGUGGAGAACGGCAAGGUGGUCGGCUGGUACACGGGCUGGAGAGCUGACAGGCCCUUUGCCAUCGACAUGGCAGGAUUUGCUGUGAGUCUUCAAGUGAUCCUGUCCCAUCCCAAAGCCGUAUUCAAGCGUCGUGGUUCUCAACCAGGAAUGCAAGAAUCUGAUUUUCUGAAACAGAUAACAACAGUGGAAGAACUGGAGCCAAAAGCAAACAACUGCACAAAGGUUCUUGUAUGGCACACCCGAACAGAGAAAGUGAACCUAGCUAACGAGCCAAAGUACCACCUGGACACAGUGAACAUUGAGGUAUGACGGGGGCACAGUCCCACAAGAGCAGGACCAUGGACGCACCAGUGCUUCGGACAGCUAAGGUCGUCUGCUGCUGCUGCCUGAGACCUGACAGACUUCUGUGGAAACAAAAGGAAGCUUUCAGAGACUCUAAUAAGCAAAUCAAGUGGGUGUGCUUUGUUCUAACUUGUCUGCAUGCAUUUCUGAACUCUCAGCUUAAUAAACUCACGCUUACCUUUGUUUUAACGCUGUUUCCACACACAUAAACAUGGCUGCAAUGGAGUAUUUUCAAAAUCAUUAUUUAUGUAUAUACUUUUGUAUUUAUCCAGCUUAAUGGUGUAAUUAUAAACUGAUUUUAACUCACAAACUGUUGGUCUAAAUAUCUGUACAAAUGGAUCCUCCAAACUGAACAUGUUUUACUUCAUUAGAAGUAGCAGUCAAACAGGUCAUACAAUAAUGAAAUAAAAAACCCACAAUCAUU